AUGUUCAGAGCCUUAAGGAAUUUCAUCAUGGGUCCACCAAAGAAUGUUGUGGUUAUAGUGGGGACUACUGGUGUGGGAAAGUCACAAGUAUCUAAAAGGUUUAAUGGUGAAAUCAUCAAUGCUGACUCUAUGCAAAUGUAUCGUGGUGCUCCAAUAAUAACAAACAAGCAUCCAAUAGAGGAGAGAGAAGGUAUACCACAUCAUGUUAUGAAUCAUAUAGAAUGGGAUGAAGAAUAUUUUAUCCACAGAUUUGAAAAAGAAGCUUUAAGUACCAUUGAAGAUAUCCAUCAAAGAGGGAAACUACCCAUAAUUGUUGGUGGUACUCAUUAUUAUCUCAACUCAUUAUUAUUCUUGAAUAAAACUAUCAAAUCUGAUAAACCAAAAGAAGAAUCUCCAAAUCUCUUGACUGAAGAACAAAAAGCUAUUUUAGAUGGACCAUCUGAUCAAGUUUUCGAAAUUUUGAAACAGAAUGACCCAAUAGCAGCUGGUAAAUUCCAUCCAAAUGAUACAAGAAGAAUAAGGAGAGCUUUAGAAAUCUUUUAUUCAACAAAUAAAAAAGCAAGUGAACAUUAUCAGGAACAACAAGUUUCAGAAAAAGAUGAUUCAACAUUGAGAUUCAAUACAUUAGCAUUUUGGCUUUUCGCUGAAAAACCUAUAUUAGAUAAACGUUUAGAUGAUCGUGUCGAUAAAAUGUUGGAACAAGGUGGGUUAAAUGAAAUAAAUGAACUUUAUUCUUAUUAUUCUAAAUCUGAUCCAAAACCUGAUUGUGAAAGAGGUAUAUGGCAAGUAAUUGGAUUUAAAGAAUUCUUACCUUGGCUAGAGAAUGGGAAUGACUCAGAAAAGGAGUUGAAAAAAUCAAUAGAAGAUAUGAAAACUCGUACUAGACAAUAUGCUAAGAAACAAGUUAAAUGGAUCAAGAAUUUAUUGGCUGUUGACCUUGCCAAAGAAGAAAACCAUAACUAUUGUAAAGGAGGAAGAUUAUUCUUGUUAGACGCCACUGAUUUAAGUAUUUGGGGUGAGAAUGUUACUGAAAGAGGUGUAGAAGUUACAAAAAAAUUCUUAGAAGCAAAAGAAGGAACUAUUAAUCAAGCACCUGAAAAUUUAAAAGAGUUAUUACCUUCAAUUAAUGAACCUAAAGAGGAAAAAUCUCUACAAUGGAAACACUUCACAUGUGAUAAAUGCUUUAAUAAAGAUAAUACACCUGUUACCGCAGUUGGUGAAAAACAAUGGAAAAUCCAUUUGAAUAGUCAUAGACAUAAAGUUAAUGUUGGAAAAGGUAAACGUAAAAGAGAUUAUGAAGAAUGGUUAGCUAAAAAUCAAAAUCAGAAUCAAAAUGCUAAAGUUGAAGAACAAUCUGAUGAAUUAAAAUCAUGA